CAAGUGUCACUACUUGUCACCAGUCGUCAUACAUCACUUUUUAUUUCGUUGGUUGAUAGUUGUGAUUUAGUUUAAGUUCAAGGAUCGUUAAUAACGUAAGAGUGGAUUAAAGUGUUAUAUUGUCAAUGUCUUAUUUAAAUUCCGUGUCAUUAAACCCAGUGUAAUCUUAUUGAAGUGUUGAAUUAUUUGUUGUCAAAUCGAAAACCAAAGAAAUGACUUCGGAACAAGUUCAGGAACUUAGAAAUGCUUUUCUCCAGCAGCUUGCGUCAAAAGGGAACGAUGCCGUUCAUCCCAAGGACUUGGAAAGGGUGAAGAAGGACGAUAGCUGGGUGAACCGAUUCUUAAUGCAACAUGAUAAUGACCAAACUGAAGCCCUAAACAUGAUGUGGGAGACGCUCACUUGGAGAAAAGAGUUUAACGUCAAUGAGAUUAAUGACCAUGUAAAGAUGGAUAUUAUAGUCCAGGGCGGAUUUUUUCCACAUGGGCAUGAUAAGGAUGGUAGCACCUUGUUUGUUUUCAAGUGUAAGAAAUACGUGAAAGGGACACACAACAUGGAUGAUUUGAAAAGAUGCGUCGUAUAUUGGUUUGAAAGAUUAGAACGGCAAGACAAAGGCAAACCUAUCACCCUCUUCUUUGAUAUGGAAGGCUGUGGCUUAGCAAAUAUGGAUUUAGAAUUUACUAAAUAUCUAAUAGGCCUCUUCAAACAAUAUUACCCCUAUUUUUUAAACUACAUUCUGAUUUUUGAAAUGCCAUGGAUUUUGAACGCGGCCUUCAAAAUAAUAAAGUCUUGGCUACCCGAGAAAGCGGUUCAAAAAAUCAAAUUUGUGAGUAAAAAAGACAUAAAAGAGUACGUCCCUCUGGAUCAGGCACUAAAAUGUUGGGGUGGGCAAAACGACUACACCUUCAGCUUCCUGCCAGAACCCCAAGAGGAAGUUCCAAAUAACGUCGGCACUGCCAGCAGUAGGAAGGUUCAUUUUGCUGAUGGGUCUUCGAUGUCAGAGUCACCAGAAGGGAGUGGAGACAGGGACCACGAUGGAAGUGCCCUUAGUGUACAACCAUCCAGCAUCAUCACCUUCGUCAAAGAGGGUGGAGAGCUGGUUAGUACCGUGGAAUUGCAAAACACUGAUAGUUCUCUCAUACUCUCCUUCAAGCUAAAAACCACAUCACCGGAAAAAUUCCGCGUUAGGCCCAGUGUCGGGUGUUUGACGCCGGGAGCACGCGCUACAGUUCAUGUGACUCUCUUGCCCGGUUUUCAGCUAGGUGGCCUGUCCAGAGACAAAUUCCUUGUGAUGAGCACAGUCAUUGAAUCCAGUGAAAUGAACCAGGAUCUAGCCCAGCUAUGGAGGGAUACAACUGGCAGGAAGGUCAACCAGCACCGUCUGAAGUGCGCCCAGUCGAACGACGUCUCCAAAAACGGCAACGCCGUUGCCGUGCCUGGGGGCUCCUCUGACGGGGACCACACCAGCAGCAGUCAACUUAUGACAAAAAUAAAUAACUUAACGGAGUGCCAAAGUCAGCUACAUGGGGCUGUAAAACGUAUUCAGUAUUUCCAGAUGGUAAUCGUUCUCUUGGUUAUCGUUGUGGGGGUUAUGUUAUCUUAUGUCUUACAUUUGGAAAGUCAAGAGGGGCACACCGGUUCCUGCAGCGCCCCAUAACAAUAACUAUCAGACGCAGGCCCGAUCGAAAUAAAUUUGGUUCGUAAACUGGUGCAAAAUUCAUUGUACAUUGUUUUGUAUUUGAUUUGUAUUUUAAAACUGGUUUUACGUUUCUAACCGGUGCCUGCAGUUCAUGACAAUAUACCACAUUCCUAUAAAAUUUAUUUUUGUUAAAAGUAAAGUGCUUUAUUUUGGGUAUUUUAAUGUAUUAAAUCAGUUUGAGUGAUAUUGUUAAAAUGUGUGUUGUUGCGUUGGUAUAUGUUACUAGCGCCACAACGUACUGUUUUGUCUAGUGAAUAUAUUUUGUUUACACUUUUAAAGGUUAUAUUGUUACAAUAUUUAACUUAAAUUAGAUUUUAUACCUUAGUUAAGAUAUUUUCAUGCUAUGUACAAUCGCAUUAAAAGAACUGAAAAAAUGCUAAUUGUAUAUAUUUUGCCUAUGUGUAAGUUACACAACUAUGUAUAGUGAUUUUUAUAUUGAAGGUCGUACAUUCUGUUUAACAGUUUGAAAUUAUAUCUCUUUGUUUGACAUUUAAUAAGAGUUUAAUCGAUAUUAUAUUUUUUUUGAAAAUAUUUUCUUAAUGAGACGUACUGCCACAAAAAUUUAUUUAAGUAGUAUUAAUAUGUAUCAAAUCAACCAAUCAAAAUUUAUAUUUAGGCAACUCUUUUAUAUAAGUCAAACAAAAACCGAAAAAUCAGUCAAGUGCUACAAAUUACCAAAUACACUCAUUGUUAAAGCCUACGCUACGAAUAUUGCCUUACCUAAUUGUACAACAAAAAAGGACAAACUGUGGUUUUCUAAAGCUAGUUAGGCAGCUGAUCUCCAACUCAUUUUUUACUCUUAUAGCGAAUCAAAUGUCUAAAAACAGUUGCCUAAGCUAAAAUUUUGAAGCAUGUAGUUAAAAAAGGCUAGAAACGUAAAUGUAGUAAUUAUUUUUAAUCCACAAAAUUCGUUUGUUCAUAAGUGAUGAAUAAAUUGAUGAAAAAACUUGAA